AUGGAUGUGCUUAAGAGCCCCGAGUUCGCGGAGUUUGUGAAAAAUACCAUAGACCGGUACCAUGUACCAGGCGUGGCCAUCGCCGUCGUACAGGGCGAGCACAUCGAGUCCGCAGGCUUUGGAAAAGCAUCCCUGGAUCCGCCUGAAGACUGCACGCCUGAUACCCUCUUCGACAUUGCCUCGACCUCCAAGUCGCUGACUGCAGCGUCGGUUGCACUGCUUGUCGACGAUAAUGAGAAACACCCGCAGGUUCAAUACGAUGCUCUUAUGGCUGAUCUCCUACCAGGCGACUUCGUGAUGCCGGGAGACGGACAUGGGGAUGUCACUCUGGAGGAUAUCCUCUCGCAUCGAACUGGGAUGGCACCAAAUGAGUAUUCGCUUAUGGGACCACACGCAGCUCAGCCCGACGAUGCACAGUCCGUGACUAGGAGCCUCCGGCACCUGGUGACCAUAGCCCCCAAUAAAUCGGAGUAUCUCUACUGCAAUCUCAUGUAUACCGCCGCCUCGUACCUGGUCGAGCAGAAAAGUGGGCUCAGCUUCGCUGAUUUCCUGCAUGCAAACUUCUUCCAGCCACUACGUAUGCAAUCUACCUAUCUCCAGCCUUCCGCAGCCAGGUCGAACGGACUCUCUCACCUCCUGGCGACAGGCUACUUGUGGAACAAGAAAGCAAACAAAUACACGCCUAUGCCAUGCCAUGAUUCCCCCGAGUCACAAGGGGCGGGAAGGAUUAUUUCCAGCGCAAACGAUUACAUUCGCUGGGUUCGGGCGUUGAUGAACUGCAAUGACCCCGUUACGAAGAGCAUGUAUGAAGGGAUGAUCAAGAAACGUAUCUCGCAAUCGCCGCCUGGCGAGAGCGGAGAUGACGAAAACGAAAACGAGCAUGACCACAACAGGCCUUCGCAGGUCUUCGCUGGUGCUGGAGUCGAAAUACUUGAGUACAAUGGACAUGUCAUGGUGACCCACGACGGGCUCGAUCUCGGGUUUGGUGCAACGCAUUUUUUCCUGCCUGAACAGAAGUUCGGGGCAGUGAUAUUUGGGAAUUCAAAUAAUGCGUCUAAUGUUGCGAGGUUGAUCAAGUAUAAGCUUGCAGAUUGGGUGACGGCUGGGAGCGAGAAGCUGUACUCAAGCUUGCUUGAUGGAGUGUCUUCGAGCGAGAGUGACGAAGAUGAGGAAGAGGAGGAAGAUGAAGAUGACUUCACUGAUAUCGAAAAUGAGAUGAUUGAUGAGUUAUGUGCUGAUGGAGGCGUGAGGAGUGAUCAGACACUGGCCCUGUCAGCUUAUACAGGCGAGUACUGGCAUGACGGGUACAAGGGAAUCAAAGUCACGCAGAAACAGGGCCGGUUGUUCGUUGAUGCGAGAGAUCGAUCUGUGAGAUUCACUCUGGAGUUCAUGCAUAUCUGUGAUCAGAGGAAGUAUAUCGCUUACAUGGUCGAGAUGAGUGGGCAGGAUGUCCGGGAUCCUUUGAAAGCUGAGUUUGUGCUCGAGGGCGAGAAGGCGGUGCAGCUUGGUCUGACGCUGGAGGAUGCAUGGGAUGGGUAUAUCUGGUUCAAGAGGGUGGAUGUGGCGGAUGUAUAG